AUGGGUAGUGGAGACUCCCUUUUAUAUGCUAAGGAAGUCCUCACCCCUCCACUCCUAAGUAAUAUGGAAUUUCUACAUUAUAUGCGUAACGUGGAAAGGCGGGUGGAGGAAAGACUGGACAGGUUUCUGUGUACCAAGGAGUGGGUGAAUCUUUUUCCUAAUGCUAGGGUCUCUAAUCUAGAGUUAACCUCUUCAGACCAUCUUCCGGUUUUGCUUUCUUUAUCGAGGAGAGAAGAAGGGGGGAGUAAUCGUAGGUUUCGAUUCAAUAAUGUUUGGUUAUCUAAGAAAGCCUGUCAAAAAGUUGUCUCUGAUUGUUGGAAUGGAAUGAGUAAUUUUGAUAUCUCAAAGAAAUUAAGGGAGAGUAGUGUAGUGUUGGAGAGUUGGAGUAAAGGAUUAUCAGAAGUUAGUGGCAUAAUUUCAUACCCUUUUAAUGAAGAGGAGGUCUAUUGGAAGAAAAGGGCAAAAAAUGUAUGGUUCAAUGGAGGAGAUGCAAACACCCUGUUCUUUCAUAACGCAGCUUCAACUAGGCGGAGAGUGAAUAGAAUUGAAAAGCUCAGGGGGGAGGAGAGUGGAGAGUUACAAAUUCGGAGAUUCAUGAGGUGUAUAAGAGUCCAGCCUUGUAUUUCUAAAGCUCAAACUGAUUGUUUAAAUUUGUCUAUUAACGCGGGUGAGGUUAUAAAAGCCGUUUUUAGUAUGCAUAAUGAUAAAACUCCGGGUUCGGAUAGUUUUAAUCCGACGUUCUUUAAAUCCCAUUGGGAUGUGGUGGGUUCAGAUGUUGUCAAAAACUGUCAGGAGCUGUUUAUGAGCGGGGCGUUUUAUGAGAGGUUUAAUGAUACUGCCAUAGUUCUUGUUCCUAAAGUGUCUAACCCUGAGUCGGUCUCUGACCUUAAACCCUUGUGUAAUGUCAUCUACAAAUUUUUUUCCAAAGUCCUUGCUAAUCGUAUGAAGCACUUAAUGCCUGUUAUUAUCUCAGAGACCCAAAGUGCCUUUGUUGAGAAUAGACUCAUUACAGAUAAUUUUCUUAUUGCCUAUGAGAUUGUGCACUAUUUGAGGAGAAAAGGUAGGGGUAAAGAUGGGUGGGCAGCAUUGAAAAUCGAUAUAAGUAAAACAUAUAAUCGAGUUAGGUGGAGGUUUGUGGAGGGUAUGAUGUCUAGACAGGGUUUUAAUAGGCAUUGGGUCGAUAUUAUUAUGGCUUGUAUUUCUUCUGUUUGUUAUAUGAGUGUGGGUGAUUGUUUUGAUAUGGAUCCUCUUGUGCCUAGUCAAGGGCUUCGUCAGGGCGAUCCGUUAUCUCCAUAUCUCUUUAUUAUUUGUGCAGAGGGGCUGAGUUUUUUUCUUGCAGAGAGGGAGCGAACUAAUCUUAUUCAUGGUGUUAAAAUUUGUAGGGGAGCUCUAACGGUUAGCCAUUUAUUUUUUGCGGAUGAUAGCUAUUUGUUCUUUGAGGCUACAUGUGCGGAGAUGGUUGUUGUGAAAGAAGUAUUGUAUAUUUAUGAGGCUUUGUCAGGGCAGAAAAUUAAUUAUAAUAUGUCCAACAUAUUAUUUAGUAAUCUGAGUGAGAAGAGAGGGAUUAGUUGGGCUAGAUUGUGCACUAUUGGAGGGUUGGGAUUUCAGAAAGUUGGGGAUUUUAAUGUGGCUAUGCUUGCUAGGCAAGCUUGGCAGUUAACUAUUAUGUCGGAUUCUUUAAUGGCAAAUUUUUUUAAAGCCCGUUAUUUUCCUAACGUGUCGUUUCUAGAGGCUAAAUUAGGUUCAAAUCCUAGUUUUAUUUGGCGUAGUAUUUUUGAAUCCCAGUUGGUGGUUAGAGUGGGUGCGAGAGUUAGAAUUGGCAAUGGACGUUAUGUUGAAACUCCGUGCCCGGAUGAGUUGCGUAUGGUUACAAUGGAUCAGCUUAUGGAGGUUCAGAAUAGGACUUGGGAUAAGAAAGUGUUAGCUAAUAUCUUUUCUCAGAAAGAUGUUGAUUGUAUCUUUAGUGUUCCUUUAAGCUAUAGAGAUGUUAAUGAUGGGUAG